AAAAGACAAAAGGCAAAAUAAAAAAUCCGCGAUUUGCCCCAAUUCGCGAGACGUUAGGUUUUGUUCUUCACCAAUUCAUCAUCUUUUAUAAAUCAUUCUGUUCAAUUCUACCUCGAAUCACCGCCAUGGAUUUCAAGGUUCCGUUUCUCCUCCUCAUAGCUGUCUCAUGCUUUCCCUCUAGCUUCGCUUCAUCGUCGCCGUCCGUUUGCAAUCACGAAUCCGAGCUGUUCCGGUUCGAUAUACACUCCAAAUGCCCUCCUUCUAUGUAUCCAACGCCUCCUAUCGAGGUAGAUGGAGACUCACUUGACAGGGUAAUGGCUUUCAACCAUGAUGGGAAUGCUUAUAUGUCAGUGCUAUUUUACGCUUCCUGGUGCCCCUUCUCACGUGCUCUGCGCCCUAAGUUUGAUAUGUUGAGUUCCAUGUUCCCUCAGAUACACCACCUAGCUGUGGACCAUUCUCAAGCACUACCAUCUGUCUUUUCAAGGUAUGGUAUCCAUAGCCUACCUUCAAUCCUGAUAGUAAAUCAAACUUCAAAGGCGCGGUACCACGGUCGAAAGGAUCUUACAUCCCUGAUUGAGUUUUAUGAGGAAUCAACAGGUCUCAAACCUGUUCAGUAUGUGUCUGAACCGGAACCAACAACCAGCUUAGACGCUACAGAUGGUAGCCUCAUCACAUGGUUGCGCAAAGGGACAUCUAUUAGUGAAAUAUUCAAAGGAGAUCCAUUCCUGGUGCUGUCUCUGGUGUUUGUCUGUUUACAAGUGGCAAUCCUCGUCUUCCCCAUGGCAGAACAGCGUUUGAAAGCGUUGUGGGCUUCUUACGUUCCCAAUCUGAACCUGGAAAGAUUUGGAGAGGUGAGCCAAGUGUUCAGGCGUGCUCUUCACAUGGUGGACGUGAGGAGGCUGUGGUUGAAACUAACACUCGUCAAGACAAGGAGCUUCCAUGAAAGGGCGAAGAACGCUCGAGCAUGGGCUUCAUCGCUAGCAUCUGUCUCCCUAGGCCAAACUUCAUCAAACCAGUCCUGAGAAACAUCCUUGUAGUAGUAUAUUGUCAGCACUGGGAAGAGAUAAGCAUCAAGUGAGUUCUGGAACUCUGAGUUUGUUAGUUUGUCUGCAGGAAAUCAUGUAAAUCCAGGGACAUCUUUGCUUCUGUUUGUGAAUAUCUUUCACUCUUUUUUUUUGGUUUUAUAAAAAGUUGAGAUGUCUGUUUUUGACCUCAUUUCUUUUACUGAAUAAUUUGACUGAGUUGA